GGGAGGACUAGAGCUUGAAAUGGAGAGAUCGGGAUUUAGACAGGGCUCUUGGGUGUCUCCGCAGAAAGGACCGCAAGACCCCGCCGUCAUGUUCUCGGAGCCUCCAACCCCAGGGCCUCCAGCGCCCGACGCGCCUCCUGACUCGAGUCGCAUCGGCCCUGCCCCGGUACCCCCCUGGGCCCUGGCCGCAAUCGUUCUGGUCUCAGGCCUCCUCGUGUUCGGCUGCUGUUUCUGUGUCUACCGGAAGUGUUGUCGGAGGCGGUUGGGCAAGAAGAGCCAGGCCCAAGCCCAGGUCCACCUUCAGGAAGUGAAGGAGCUGGGCCGGAGUUACAUAGACAAGGUGCAGCCAGAAGUGGAGGAGCUGGAGCCAGCACCAUCUGGGCCAGGGUCGCAGGUGGCUGAGAAGCAUGAGCUCGGACGACUGCAGUACUCACUGGAUUAUGAUUUCCAGAGCGGCCAGCUGCUGGUGGGCAUCGUGCAAGCUGAGGGAUUGGCAGCCUUGGACCUGGGGGGCUCCUCCGACCCCUACGUGCGGGUCUACCUGCUGCCAGACAAGCGGAGGCGGCAUGAGACCAAGGUGCAUCGGCAGACACUGAACCCACACUUUGGGGAGAACUUUGCCUUCAAGGUCCCCUACGUGGAACUGGGGGGCAGGGUACUGGUCAUGGCGGUGUACGACUUUGAUCGCUUCUCCCGCAACGAUGCCAUUGGGGAGGUGCGGGUCCCCAUGAGCUCCGUGGACCUGGGGCGGCCAGUGCUGGCCUGGCGCGAGCUGCAGGCUGCUCCGCGGGAGGAGCAGGAGAAACUCGGUGACAUCUGCUUCUCCCUCCGCUACGUCCCCACGGCCGGGAAGCUCACGGUCAUCGUCCUGGAGGCUAAGAACCUGAAGAAGAUGGACGUGGGAGGACUCUCAGAUCCGUACGUCAAGGUCCACCUGCUGCAGGGCGGCAAGAAGGUGCGGAAGAAGAAAACGACCAUCAAGAAGAACACUCUGAACCCCUAUUACAACGAGGCCUUCAGUUUCGAGGUGCCUUGUGACCAGGUGCAGAAGGUCCAGGUGGAGCUGACCGUGCUGGACUAUGACAAGCUGGGCAAGAAUGAGGCCAUUGGGAGGGUGGCUGUCGGGGCAGCGGUGGGGGGAGCUGGCCUGCGGCACUGGGCAGACAUGCUGGCCAACCCCCGGCGGCCCAUUGCCCAGUGGCACUCGCUGCGGCCCCCUGACCGAGUGAGGCCACUGCCUGCCCCCUGAUCCCCACCUCAAGCCCCUUGCCAAGCCUGGACUCGGCCCCUGACCUCAGACUCCUGGCCAAAACCACACCCAGGCCCACCUUUAAGCUUUCUCUGACCCCUAACCACCCCCACCCCAACCCUUCCCAUUCCUGCCUUCCCAUCCCCCAUUAUGCCAAUCAUGGUGACUUGCCAGCUCUCCCACCAAGCACACAACCAGAAGCCCCAGGGACCCCUGGGGGAGGAGAGCAAUCUGGCCUCCCCCAAUCCCUGCUCCCACUCUCUGCUUUGACAAUCAGUGACCCUGCCUUCUUCCCCCUUCGCUCCCAGCACCCCUCUUCCUGCACAGGAUCACCUGCUCCUGUCCCUAGUCGGAAUCCUGCACUGCUCCUGGGACCAAAUAAAUACUCAGCAACUUU